GGUAUAAUGGGGUACUACUGUAAUGAAUACGUCGGCCAAGUAGGUUUGCUCCAAACUUAAAAAGAUUUUCAAACAACCUCGUUCAAAGGCUGACCGCCAAUUUUCCCUGUGAAUGGAAAAGAAUAAGGUUUAGUGUUUCCUCCCUCACUGUCGUAUAAAAUUCACAAAGAGUUGCAUACGAAAGGGUAAAGAUUCGUUGUCUAACAUGAUAAAUGAAUGCACAUCAAAUAGUAAGUAUAAGAAAUCUGAAGACCUUGAGAGUAGUUUUGCCUGUAGCUCACCGUAAUGAUGACAAUCCGAACGAAGGCCGAAUUCAACAUAUUCCGUGCUCCGGUUCUGCCAGUCUGCAUGUAUGCUUUCCUAAGCCAUGUCGAUCGUCAUCGAUAUAAAAAGGUAGCCCUUCCAUAUGAUUCAGGAAUGAGUAUUCUCGGGUCCAAUCCUUCGAAUCUACAUAUCUCAGCCCACCAACCGCAAACACCUCCAGAUAUGUGCCGCACAAGAGGCUUGUGCGUAUGUCAGGCCUUGACAUUUGCUUCUGUUCCUACAUUGGGAAACUUGUUCCCGGAGUAGCAUCAGCCGGAGCAGGAUAGGCGGAGUAAGCACUCCCCACUUACGGGAACAGUAUUUGGAGCAUUGGUUGGAUGGCAGCAUUGGGACAGUAGCAAACGACAUCAUAGUCUCGGAAUUAUUUUGUUUCUUCUUUAUUUCUGUCGUUUCUACGAUGUUACUGAGUGUCUGGUCUUGAUAAUAGUUUUGAGUAUGAAGUGAUACAAGAAGUCAAAAAACGAUGUUGAUGAAUGUAUUUAAUAGUGAUGAAGAUGGCACUAGCGUGCUUCCCAUAGCAUACUCUCAAUCAAAAUCCGGCUUGAUAUCCUUGUGAUGUUCUGGAAAACAUAUUCACACAGUAGAAAGGUGUCACUACAGACGUUUCUAGUGUAAAGGCCGUAGUUAUGAGUUGCUGGUGCUUGCUUCAAUCGAAAUUUUGUAUGAAUGAACAGGCUU